CUACCGAGGACGUUGGGAUCUGUUACUACCUGUCAGACGGGCGAACAACGACCUGUACGGGGUACGUAGGGGAAAUACUGACGGCCGUCGCCAGGUCGCUCAAUAUGUCCAUCCAGAACCGGAAGGUGCUGAAGUGCGGGGAUCCAGGCAAGCCCGGACAACGGGUCGACGUCAUCGCUAACGAUGAUGCGGACAUUUCGAUGGGGACGUGUUCCAUGACGGCGGAAAGGCUACAGGCCGUAGCCUUCACCGACUUCUUCAUCGUCUUCAGGUCGAGUAUUUGCUCCGCGGAGCCAAAGCCCGUGCUGAACCCGCUCCUCAUUUUUAGCGUCUUCAAUUUGGGCACCUGGCUAGCAAUCGUGGCGUUCGUCUUUGUGGUCGGGUUCUCACUGUGGGUCGUGGGCGAAGUGAUGUCAUUGGUCGAAGAUUCAGCAAAGUACCCCCUUCAGGUCCACCUGUUUACCGUCUUCAAGGCGCUGGUUUAUCAAGGCAGCGAAGAACAGCCUGAAAGCUUGAGUGGGCGAACGGUUGCAGCUGUUGGCUGUUUCGUCAUCAUUACCUUGUUUGGUGUUUACUCCGGAAAUCUCACCGCUUGGCUUUCGAUUCCAAGGUACGAGAAGCCGGUCAACUCCCUCCAGGAUCUGGUGGAAAGAAAGGAUCUGAUCCCAUAUGUUUCUCUCAACGAUCCAAAUCAUCAGCUGUUCAUGGUUAGUGUUUGAUCAGCCUCGUCAUCCUGACAGUAGUAAAACUUUGGGGCAGAUUGAAAG